AUGGACCAGGUCUCAGCUGUCGUUGACCCUCUUAGUCGUUUCGCGAAGUCAUCCGUGUACUUUUUACAUCGAUGUACCAAACCCGAUCGCAAAGAAUUUAAAACCAACGCUUAUGCUACUGCUAUUGGAUUCUUGGCCAUGGGCGUCCUUGGAUUUGUUAUCAAAUUGGUCUUCGUGCCCAUCAAUAGCAUUAUUGUCGGUAGUUAA